AUGGUCCAAUUCUCCCUUCUCACGGCCGCCAGCCUUCUGGUUCCCGGCAUGCUCGCGGCACCCACCGCUGAGCCGGCCAACAACCUCCAGGCGCGCUUCGACGGCAACGGCUUCAACAGCUGGUCGGAAGGCGGUAGCAACAUCCGCUGCGUGAACGGCCAGGGCGGCUCGUUCACCGCCAACUGGAACAGCAAAGGCGGCUUCGUCUGCGGCAAGGGAUGGAACGGACAAGGCGCCAGAACCAUCAAGUUCACCGGCACGUACAACGCCACCGGCCCCGGCUACCUAGCCAUCUACGGCUGGACGCGCAACCCGCUGAUCGAGUACUACAUCGUGGAGUCGCACGCGGACUUGGCGCCCAACGAGCCGUGGACGUCCAAGGGCGAGUUCACGGUGGAGGGCGAGGGCACGUACGAGAUCUUCACCAGCACGCGCGUCAACAAGCCGUCGAUCGAGGGCACGCGCACCUUCCAGCAGUACUGGUCCGUCCGCAAGGAGAAGCGCGUCGGCGGCACCGUCACCACCACCAAGCACUUUGACGCCUGGAAGGCCAAGGGCAUGGGCCUGGGCAGCUAUGACUCGGUUAUUGUCGCUGUGGAGGGCUACACGGCGGAUGGCGGCCCCGGCAGCAGCGGGUCGGCGAGCAUCAACAUUGAGUAA